AUGGCCACAACGCUGGUUAAGAAGCACAAGGGAAUUGACGACAAAGAAGUAUAUUUUGGUGAUGAUCUGCUUCAUACCAUCUUGUUAAACCUAGAUGUAAAAUCUCUUGUUCGUUUUAAGUGUGUCUCUAAACCAUGGAAUUCUCUUAUCAGCAGCACCCGAUUCAUCAGAGACCAUUCACGUAUUCACCAACGCAACCCCGCCAUGAACUGUUAUCUUCUCUGCAAAAGGAAUUUAAUCUGCAAUUGGGUUCAGACUAUGGAUGAACUCGAAAGCAAAAGAAACGGAACGGAACCACUACUUCCCCCGCCUGCAAUAACCAUGGUGCAUUACGGCUCAAUCAUGAAACUAUCACCACAAAAUGGACGAGCAAUAAAGAUAGAUUCAUCGUCAUCGUCUAAACUCAUGUUCGAUAAGCUGCCAUCAAACUGGGAUCCCUUCCAGAUCACAUGUUGCUGUGAUGGUGUCAUGUGUAUUACUGUGUGUGAUCGUCUGCUUCUAUGGAACCUUUACAUGGGUGACUGCAAAACAUUACCAUUACCUGAUCCCGAUAACACUUUUCCUGCCAAGAUUUGGGAAGCUUUCGGGUUCGGAUAUGACUCUUCUACUGAUGAUUACAAGGUUGUAAGAGUUCCUUCUUGUGAUGACUCUCAAGUCUGCAGGAACCCUAGUGUCUAUGUGAUGAGUCUCAAGUCAAAUUUAUGGAGAAAAUUAGAUAUUGAGUGUCCGUAUGCGGUGCCUGAACGUGGACAAGCAAUCUCUACCGGUGGAAACUUGUACUGGUUUGCCCGAAUUCCUCAUAUGGCUAAUAAAAUUGUGUUAAUUAGAUUCGAUUUGGAAACGGAGGUAUUCAGAGAAUUCCCGAUGCCUCCCAACCUCCAUGUACAAGAAGCACGCUUUUUGAAAGAAGCUACCAAAUUGGGAAUUUUACAAGGUUGUAUUUCUUCAUCCAGUCUCGACGCGAGUAAAAAUAAUUUCGGCAUCUGGAUGCUCCAGGGAGAAAUUUGGAUCAAGUUUAUGAGUUUUCCAAUAAGCAUUCACAAGGGACCUAAUCAUAUUUUUAGUUUGAGGCCGCUCUUUACCGACAAUGGUGCCCUCGUGAUGCAUGCUAUAUUAUUUAACAAUCGCCAUCGUCGUAUGGAUAUAUGGGGAGAUUUACUUGUUAUCUAUCAUCCAAAAGAAAACAUUUAUACAAAAUUUCGAUUUCCUGGCGGACCCGAUCCACGUCCCAAUGAAGUUUAUCUUAAUUUUCCUAGUCUACUUUCACUUUAA